AGUCAAAUAGUGUUUGUUUAUUAUGUUCAGCCCAUAGAUCUAAAGGUUAAAGUAUCCAAAGAUGCAUUAAUUAACGAGAACAUGGGGAUGAGGACCUUAUUAUCAAUUUAUCAUGUCAGCACAAGACUAGUCAGUCCAUGUGCAUCUGGAACACUCCCUAAGUUACUAACAAGGCUGUUGCAAACAUUGAAAGUAACCCCAAAAUGCUCUGAUAAAUAAUAAUUAAUAAACCAUAUAUUAUGCUAAGCCUAGCUAGCUACCUAGCUGAUAUGGCUAUAAAUAGAAACGUCCGCACAAUGGGUGUUUGGUGCAAUGAGGGUGAUCAAAAUGGGUCGUCUUCCACUUACUUUUUGCCUCACCUUUCUGCUUAUGGCGACGGUAACGUUUGGUGUACCUCCUAAGAAGUCCAUUGAUGUUCCUUUUGGCAGGAACUAUUUCCCCACUUGGGCUUUUGAUCACAUUAAGUAUCUCAAUGGUGGUUCUGAAGUGCAUCUCGUCCUUGACAAGCACACUGGCACUGGCUUUCAGUCAAAGGGUUCAUACUUGUUUGGCCACUUCAGUAUGCACAUAAAGAUGGUUCCUGGAGACUCUGCCGGAACUGUGACCGCCUUCUAUUUAUCAUCACAGAACUCAGAACAUGAUGAGAUAGAUUUUGAGUUCCUAGGGAACAGAACCGGUCAGCCUUACAUUUUGCAGACAAACGUGUUUACAGGAGGCAAAGGAAACAGAGAGCAGAGGAUCAACCUCUGGUUUGACCCUUCCAAGAACUAUCAUUCCUAUUCAGUUCUCUGGAAUAUGCAUCAGAUUGUGUUCUUUGUGGAUGAUGUUCCCAUAAGAGUGUUCAAGAACAGCAAAGACAUUGGGGUGAAGUUUCCAUUCAACCAGCCGAUGAAGAUAUAUUCAAGUCUUUGGAACGCAGAUGACUGGGCCACAAGGGGAGGGUUAGAGAAGACUAACUGGGCAAAGGCUCCUUUCGUCGCCUCCUACAGAGGCUUCCAUAUUGAUGGAUGUGAGGCUUCGGUGAGUGCUAAGUUCUGUGAGACGCAAGGGAAACGUUGGUGGGAUAAGGAGGAGUUUCAAGACUUGGAUGCUAAACAGUACAAGCGUCUCAAAUGGGUUCGUAAGAGAUACACUAUCUAUAACUAUUGUACCGACCGUGUCAGGUUUCCUAAGCCUCCUCCUGAGUGCCGCAGAGACCGUGACAUUUAGUGUUUUUCUCAGAGUUCAUUUUUAUAUAUUUUCCCAGUUGUUGUAUCCACAAGCUUGCGAGCUAGAGAAACUUGAAUUGUUACAAUGGUACUUGUGAUGUAAACUAAUAAUAACCAUUCACUCAAAGUCAAUGCGUCCAAACUAAUGGUGCAUAAGUAUAACGAUACAACAUGCACCAAGACCCGUUUGGUUUUAUUGUAUUCAGUCCUUUUUGUUAUACACGGAAACCAGAAGAUAAGACUCAAAAAAUUUGGGGCACAAUAAUAAAAAAAAAAACAUUACCAUAAAUUCAUCAUCUCGCCGUCUGUGGGGAUCGAACCCACGGCCACGGGAUUAAAAGUCACGCGCUCUACCGCUGAGCUAAGACGGCUUUGUUGACAACUAUAAAAAUUUUAUUAACAACACUUCAAUACAUCGUAUCCUUAAGAAUUUGACCGUUAGAGCGAACACCAAAUC